AGUCAGUUGAGCUUGGUGCGUUUGUUCGAUAGAUGGCGCGUCGGUCGACGAUGGUGUGGUGGACGCACUCAUCGUCGUCGAUAAGAAGAUUUAUGAAGACCGUCGAUAAAGAACUAACUGUUAACUCGAUGAUACUCGAUGUUAUUCAUUUGAUUGUCUUUUGUGAAACAUAAUUUAAUUUUGUUUGUCUUUCAAAUAUUUUAAUACACUUUCUGUCAAUCCAUUAAGCAAGAGAGAUCAUUUAAAAUAAAUACCAGAAAUUGUUAUUCAAUCAAAACUUUUAUUUAGUCUACAUUAAAAUAUAAUAUGGGUAAACCUUCCCCAUAAUGAUCUGUCGCUGGGGAUAACGACUACAAACUUGAAAUGACAUCUUCAAAUUUCUAUUAACAGGAACAACACCAAUCGAUAUCAUCCGACAGCAGAUGUAACAAUAACAAUUGAAUUGUAGAAAAUGGGCAUCUAUGUAGGUUGUAGGCAGUCCCAAUCAGUCGCGAUACACUCAUUUAGCCAUCACUGUCGGUUAAGUAGAGCGGACAAGGUCGCCAAUGGCAGACUAAUUUUAGACUACUUUUUAUUUUUCAGGCUAUUGCUCUUUAAUUUUUUACUUGUUUAUAUUUCUAAAUUAAUGGGACGAAUAUUUAUGGGAAUCAUGUUGAGAAUGAAAGAGAAGAGAUGAAAAGAAAACGGGCCUGACAGUUCCUGCCCCUGGUUGUUUUCAUUAUAUAUAAACAUUCAUUUAAAUAAGUAAAUACAUUCGAUUAAAAUAACAUUUGUUUCAUUUUUAUUUCGUAGACCGCUAAUUUUUGUAACCUCGGGUGAAAAUUCGAAUAACGAAUUUCACUAGAUGCAAUACUAGUGACUUUCUAGUGUAUCUGCAGUUAUGUAGUAACAUUUUAUUUUCAUCGUAUGCACAUAUGCAUACAGUUUGCUCACCAAUCGAAUCAACGUUUUACAAAAUUUCAAACUCAAAUUCGCCAACGUACACAUUAACCGAUUAUAAGCUUUCUCUGUCUUCGAAAGGUAAAUAUUUAAGGAAAACAGAAUCUCUUUUGAAAGAAUAGGUUGGUCUUACGGUUUGUGAAGAAAUUAUUGAACAAGUAAACUGUUGAUAAGAAGAAACUGUGAGAAUGAUAUAAAUUUCAAGUGCUACAAAUAUAUUUUCAAGUUUUCCUUGCAGAUUAUGUUCGGAUAUUAUCCAGUGUGCAAUAGUUUACUGUAAUCUCUUAAUAAUUUUAUCGAUUCGGUAAUCACAUUUUAAUGAUGGACAACUAUUGCGCCCCACAAUGGACAGAUUUUACUGCUAGUCCACAACUACCCUCUGAUAGUUAUUUUGAGAUAGAACAUGAAACACACAAACCAUUGGUACACUUCAAAUCAAACAUAAAGACCGAUUUACCUAUUCUGUGGAUGGAAGAGUGUGUAAACAAACAAUCGAUUUCAGAAACAAAUUUUGAUGAUAGCUUAGACACUGUGCAAAAUACUAACGAUAAUACAGCAUAUUUUAUACCAUUGGGUAACACAAAACAUUCUGUGGACCAAAUAAAAAAUGAAAACAGACUGAGCAAUGCUAUGGAAAGCUUGAAACUGGAUGAAAAAUCAUGUAAAAUUGAUUGCGCGUGGAAUGUAUGGUUAACGGGAGGAACAAAUUCGCUUAAGGCACCGAUCCUGCCUCGUAGGCUAAAGACAGCUUUAUCCAAGAAAAAUUGGCAAAACAUUCGCACAUCAGAAAUAAACAACACUGAUCCAUCUUCUUUGCAGAAUAAACAAAUAAUUAACAAUGUUAAGAAGAGUAACCGUGAACAAAUUGCUUCCGCAAAGACAAAAACUGAACCAUCGAUUAAGUCAGAUUCUAAUUCUUCUGCAAGUUGUAGAGUUAGUUGUACAGAUGAAAGAGCAUCUUAUAAAAUUAUCUCAGCUCGACGAGAACAUUGUAAACCCUUUAAAGGCAAACAGUCGCAACCUAAAGUACUUACGUGCCAGUAUCGCAGGGCAAGUCUUAUAGAGGCACUCAAGUCUUCCAACAAGUUUAUAAGUAUGGCAGAGGCGGUAUCUAAAUUUCAGAAUAAAACACCGCAACGAUUUCGUACCAUCAGUAAUAAAGAUUUAAAGCCAGGUUCCUUCAUGAAAUUGAAACAAUCUCCACUGAAACUAACCAAUCCAAUUUCUCCUGCACUGAGAAGCAAAAAAAGGGCAAGACACACGACUGUUUUAAGUAAAGAAGAACGCGAAGCUGUGCAACUCGAAGAAAUGAAGAAACAUCAAAUAAAAGCAAAACCUGUACCGCUUAAUAUCUUGAAGGGUCCAGCACCUUUAAAGAAAGUUACGAAAAAACCGAUCACGGUUACGGAAGAAUUUCGAUUGACUCAACCAAAGAAGCUGAUUUCUCACAAAUCAGAUUCACAAGUAAAUAUACAAAGUCAAUUCGAUAAUAAAGAACAAAGCCAUCUAAACACAGCGUCGAUUGUUCGUUCCGUUAGUGCUUCAAAUGUUGCCACCAAAAAGGAACCGAACCCGCGCAAAGAACAUUCCAUCAACACUAAUGCGAAACCUGCGACAAGUGUUUUGCCAUCCAGUUUUGCAGUGCGUAACAAAGAAUUUCAAAUGAGAAAAGAGGAAAAAUUGAAGAGUUUACAGAUUCAAGAGACCAAUAAAAUGAAGGUAGAGUUUCAUGCACGACCUGUGCCAAAAUUUUUAAAACCGCCAUUGUCGAUUAAAGAUCAGAACCUGAAAAGGCGAACCGUUGCUUCGUGUCCAUUCAGUUUUGCAGAAAGAGACAAAAAUUUAGCCAAGAAGAAAGAGGAACACGUUAAACAGAUUCACGAAAACAAUAAAAAAACACGAGCAUUUCAUGCCAAUCCUGUCCCAAGGUAUAAACCACGUGGGUUAUCGAAAGAAAAUGUACGAGGCAAGGAGAAAGAUGCGAAUUCAACAAGUUAACAAGUUUCAAAACAUACAACUUUUCACAUCCAUUUCCAUAUCCAACUUAGUAUCUAUUUUAUAAUAUAUAUUUCUAAUGAAUGUAUCGCUAAUCUUUUCUUGUAUAGAAUAUUAUUCAAACAUUAUUUCAUUAAGGUAUAGUAGAGUCAAAUGUAUUAACAAGAUAUUAUUUUUUUCAUAUAUUAUUGCAUAUAGUAAUCUUGAUAUAGAAUAGUGCAAUCAAUCUCUGGAUUUUAAUUAAAUGUAUCUCUCCUGUAAUUCUCCCUUGUCAUUUUUUAAUUCAAACCACAAAUAUUUUUUCCACCUAAUUGUACUGUACUGAUUUCACUGUCCAGUAACAUUGUAUGUAAGUAAUUGUUAAUAUUAUUGUUACUAUCUGAACAGAAGUAAGCAAGUAUGGUCACAAUUUGGAAAAGAUUUCAAAGGAAUUAUUCUAAAUGAAAUUUACCGAUAAAAACACGUCCAACUUAUAAUAAGUAUUUCAUAUGAUAGUUUAUUAAAUCGCUUAUAUAAUAAUCAAGUAUCUUAUAAUUUCAUAUAAACAUUCUGAUUUAUUAAUCUAAGUGACCAUACCUUUUGAAACCCUUUGUAUACCUCUGUGAUUAAUUGAUUAUGAUAUGGAUUGCUUCGAUGGAAGAAUCUAUCCGCAGUAUAUCAACGUUAUUAAAUAUUGCUAUUAAAUUUAAUAAACUAAGCGUUUAACGAUUCGUUACAAAAUCUGACGAUAGCUCUUACGGCUAAACAUGAGGUAAGCAAGUUUAUUUUGUUUAGCUUUAUUAUCGUUAUUCCUUUUUUUCUUUUUAUAAGAUGUGUUCCCUACUGACAAGAUUGUAAUGGUUACUUUAGUUUUAUAUCACAUAAAAUAUAUAAUAAAUUUAUAUACUAAGAAUAUUA